UUAUGUAUCAUUUUAAAAUUACAUCCAUACAUUGACGCGCUGCCAUGAAUACCAUUGCUUUCUUUAUACUGGUGUUCGCCACCCUGGUAAACUCUGCCAUUUUCUCACUCCUCACAGAUGAGUUCAAUUCUACAGAACUAGAAGUUAGUAAGAUGGAAACCAAGAACACUGAUGUUUUCAGACAACUUCUGAACCAGGAAACUUUAAUUAGAAUGAGCUUGGUUAAAAAUGUACACGCUCUGAUGAAAGACAUGUUGACUCUCCAGGACGCCCUCGCUAAAGCUGAAAGCAAGAUUUCGACAAUGCAGGAAUCCUUUGGAAACGAAAUAUCAGAACUGAAAAAGGAGUUGGAGUUGUUGAAAGUUGAGAACAAUCUGCUAAAAAAUGAAAGUCGUGAACAAAAGAAACAUCUCAAAACUGUAGGCGAAAAUAUCACAAUGAUUUCGAAAAAUCACAAAGAAUAUAAAAGAAUUGCCGAGGCUAGUCUGCAAAUGCAUGAGAAAAAUGUUUCAGAUGUUUUGGCAGACAUUAAGAUUGAGGUUCGUUAUUUGUCGAUCACUUUGCUGGAUUUAAAAACACACACAGAAACAGCCGACAAUAACAUAUCUGCUUCUAUUGCCGAAAAGAAUAAGGCGAUUUAUAAUUCCAUGAAUAGUUCAUUUGAGAAUUUCAAUGAAAAAUUGAAGGCCACAGAAAACAGACUUUCAGAAGUUGUUUCCAAACUUGGAGAGUCACAGGUUGAUGUCGUAGCAAAAAUUUCUGAUGAAAUCAACACCACAAUCAACUCUCUGAAAGAAGAGCGGAACCAAUAUCGACUGGAGCAACUGAAGUUAUCUUCUACUGUGAAAACUCUAGAGAUGUUCCGAAUGAAUAUGACGAAUAGAAAUUGCGAUCCCUCAUCAAAAAAAGUGGGAUUCACCGCCGUGGUAACAUCCUCCAACACAGGCUGGAACAGCGGAACAUUGGUAUUUCCCGCCGUGAUAACGAACAUUGGUCUCGGAUAUAAUUCAAGCUCAGGUGUGUUCACCGCAACCCUCGAUGGAAAUUACGUCUUCUUCCUGACAGUUCUGGAGUACAGUAACCAAUAUACUGCAGUAGACAUUGUUUUGAAUGGGAUUUCAAAAGUUCGAGCCAUUGGAGACUCAAACGCACGGUAUCAAACGGGGGUAAACCUUGUUGUUUUGCGCCUUCAGAGAGGUGAUAAAGUUUGGGCCAGCCAUUACAGUGGUACAGGUUACUACUCAGCUACUAUCCCCACAACAACAUUCUCUGGUUUCAUUCUUUGAAAUAUAAUUUGUAAGAAUAUACACAUGUAGAUACAAGCUAAAAGGCUAAAAGAUUUUUAUAAUUGAAAUCAUUAACAAAGACAGCAAGCUAAAGUUUAAUGUACAU